GCUGGUCGCAGUCUGUCAACUUUUUUUCCCUUCUUGCAUGUCGUCAGGAUUCAAGCUGCCGACCAACACACAUCUGCGACAACAGCUGCGACAGGCGAGUUGUUGAAGGCCAACAUCUAGGAGUAGGCGAGAUAGGAGGGCCUUUACCUGAUUGACCAUCGAUGUUCAAGUCAGCUUGCAGAGUACCCAUUGUGCCAACAUGCCGCAUCUUUCGCUUCAGCACUAAGGCUAAACCCUCCUACGCCAAUGGCAAGCGUUCUCAGCGCUCUACAAGACGUACAUUCCUGACCUCAUUUGUUGCUGCUUCAGGUCUCGUUGGUCUUGCACACCUCUCCACUGACCGAGAAAGUCCCAUUCGCUUCACACAAAACGAGGCGACAAGUUCACCGGACGCUGAUCAGUUUGAUUAUACGCGUUUGAGCUCCUAUACAGAUCCGUUACGGCAUAGUGCUAUUGCUACAAGUCGCAGCUCUCGCGUUGUGACAUGUGCGUUACUCUGCUUCAAUGACUAUCGCGUCGUCCUUGGGCAGAAUGAGAAGCAAGAAAAUCCUGACGAGCGUGCGCGGAGUUUAGCCAAGUGCCAUAAACAGUGUGCGGAGCGUGUUCUCAAAGUCAUGGAAGGACUUGGUGGCAUUUACAUCAAAUUGGGCCAACAUGUCAGUGCAAUGAGCUACUUGCUGCCUGAAGAGUGGACGAGCACCAUGACUGUUUUGCAAGACGCGUGUCCGCCUUCGUCCAUCGAAUCCCUCAGGGAGAUGUUUUUGCUCGAUACAGGCAAGCAUCUUGAUGACGUCUUUUCAGCAUUCGACCCAGAUCCUCUGGGUGUGGCAAGUCUUGCGCAAGUUCAUCGCGCCACGCUACGUUCAACGGGCCGUGAAGUGGCCAUCAAGUUUCAACAUCCAAGCUUACGCGAGUUUUGCAAAGUGGAUCUCGACACGACGCGUUUUUGCUUUCAACUCAUCAAACGCAUCUUUCCAGACUUCUCGCUGACUUGGCUCUCAGAUGAGAUGGAUAUUUCAUUGCCACAGGAGCUCAAUUUCACCAUUGAGGGCGAGAAUGCCGUCUUAACACGACGGCAUUUCCAAUCUAUUCGGGGAAGCUCGCUGUAUGUACCUCAAGUGAUUUGGGCAGAACCCAGAAUACUAGUGCUUGAGUACAUCCAAGGCCGACGUGUCGAUGACCUCGCUUACCUCGCACAGCACGGCAUUGAUCGCAACGAAGUCUCAGCUGAACUUGCACGCGCAUUCAACGAGAUGAUCUUCUUUGCGCCUGCACUACACUGCGAUCCGCAUGGCGGCAACGUCUUUAUUCGACCACGACCCGCAACAGGAAGCCAUUCUCGGCAUAAUUUCGAGAUUGUCCUGCUCGAUCAUGGACUCUACCGAGAAAUCCCGCUUGCGUUACGCAGAGAUUAUGCACGAUUGUGGUUGGCUAUCAUCAAGGGUGAUGAAGAAGCAAUGCGUUUGUAUUGCUAUAAAGUCGCUGGCGUCAAGGAUGAUCAGUUUCCCUUGUUUGCCAGUGCCAUUACAGGUCGCGACUACACGGCGCUACAAAAGGGUAUUAGCCAAGUACCGCGUUCAGAUGAUGAGCUCAAACGCAUCAACAGCGCCGUUGGGCAGGGAUUACUGCAGCAACUCGUCGAUAUGCUCGCCCAUGUCCCUCGAAUCUUGCUCCUCUUGCUCAAAACAAAUGACUUGACACGCGCACUAGAUGAGUCUCUCCAAACAACGACAGGUCCAGAGAGACCGUUCAUUAUCCUUGCAAAGGCAUGUACGCGUGUUGUGUAUGAGGAGGAUAUUGAGGUUGCCAAGCAACAUGGAUCCGUCUUGUCCCCCAUGAGUUUAUGGGCUCGACUCAAGGCUGUGUUUCGAUAUUACCCAAUGCUGCUGUACCUGCACGUCGGUGAGCUUGUCAGCAUCUACAAGGCAAAAAAGAAUACGCGUCAGGCUGCCCUAGCUGGGCCUUCACCUAUUGCAGCAGCAGCAUAAGCGUUUCACGAUCAUCUGUAGAUGUACUUGUACCAGUAGGAGUAGAAAGUCUUCAAAUUUCGUCUCAAUCCAUCUCGCGAAACGCCAAAACCAGCACGCACAGCACAACCAACACAGAGAAGGGGUCGCAUGUCGUCGUCAUAAGACAGGAUGGCAGGCAAGAAAGGAAAAAAGAAGCCUGCAGCUGCGAAAAAUCCAAUGAUGC